GCAGCCGCGACACUUGCAUUCGCCGGCUUUCUCCGCUGCGGCGAAUUCACACUAGAGCGUGAGAAGUUCAAUCCCGCCACGCAUCUCUCCCGUAGCUCGGUGCAAUUCCUCCCAUCUGGCGACUCCCCCACCCAUCUCCUUCUAUCCCUUCCCUCCUCGAAGACCGACCCCUUCCGGAAAGGUGUCUCUAUCUCCGUAGCUGCGGCGCCAGGCACGGCUACCUGUCCUGUCGCCGCCCUACAGCGCCUUUUUCUCCUUGACCCCCGCCCUCCGUCCUCCCCGCUUUUCUUCGAUACCAUCACCAAUCUUCCACUAUCCCGUUCGCAUUUUAUUUCCUCCCUGAAGCGCCACCUCGCCGCCAUUGGACUGGACAGCUCGGCAUACUCGGGCCACAGCUUCCGACGUGGUGCAGCCACUUCAGCCGCCACAGUAGGCUACUCCGAUUACGAGAUCCAGCAGCUCGGUCGCUGGCGGAGUGACGCGUACCGACUGUACAUUGAUGUCCCGCGCGACCGCGUUCUCCAUCUCUCCUCCCGGCUCCAUUGGGCCGAUUCUCCAGCUCAGCCUUUCGAGCCUCCGGCUCUUCCCUUCGCACCUCCUCCGGACAUGGCUUGAGCUCGGCCCCGGGCCGGGGGCUCCACCCCCGCCGAGGUCCCGCGAGAGAGCGGUGGCGACGCGAUCCGAAUAUAUUCGCCCGCUUGCCCAGUCACACGGAUGAGGCCAUAGAUGUGGUGGACAACGAUGAGUUGUCGAUGGUCUAUGGCACAGAGAGUGACUCUCGCACGUGCCGCGCGCUUUGCGCGCCAUCCGACGCUUUGCGCGCCAUCCGACGCUUUGCGCGCCACCCGACGCUUUGUGGCCGCUCGCGCGCGACUUGGCCUCGCGCCAUGGCGUCGCGCUUGGUCUCGUAGACGGCUCGUUCCCCAGCUUGGACUUUACAUUAGUAUAUAUAGUAUACAGACUCUCUCCCUUCCUCUCCUCACCUCCCUUCUCACCCGCGCGCUCGAAAGGUAGUGUAGCCUGCUCGUCUCUACACACCUCCCUUCUCACCCGCGCGCUCGAAAGCUCCGGCUACGUCGAGCUCGUUUUCUU